UAGAAUAAAAAAUUUCAAUAAACUAAGGCUACACAUCUCUUAUUUAUUUCAAGUAGCUAGAAUUAUAUUGUAGUUGCAAAAAUGAUGGGUCUAAUAAUUUGGUUUUCUCUAAUAAUUGGCAUACCAUUUGGGACGUGUGUUGGCAGCUAUGACAGAUCAUUGUUAUCAGUUCCCAAACAAAAAACCCUCUUUGUUUUUGGUGAUUCUCUCUUUGAUCCUGGGAAUAACAACUACAUCAACACUACUACUGAAUUCCAAGCUAAUUGGUCGCCUUAUGGUGAAUCCUUCUUCAAUCCUCCUACUGGCAGAUUUUGUGAUGGUCGUCUCAUUCCUGAUUUUAUUGCUGAAUAUGCUGAGCUUGCAUUGGUUCCAUCUUAUUUUGAGAUUGGAAAAGACAAUUUUGUCCAUGGAGUGAAUUUUGCAUCAGGAGGAGCUGGCUGUCUAGAUGAAACUUUUCGUGGCUUUGUUAUUGAUCUUAAAACACAAUCAAAAUAUUUCAAGAAAGUGACCAAAGAUUUAAAGAAAAAGUUUGGAAGAAAAAAGUCUAAACAACUCCUGUCCAAUGCAGUAUACGUAUUUAGUGCAGGAAAUAAUGAUUACUUCAAUUUUAACGCAACGUAUCCAAAACAUGAAUAUGCAAACAUGGUAAUCGGCAACUUGACAUCUGUUAUCAAGGGAAUAUACAAGGAAGGAGGGAGAAAAUUUGUGGUCCUUAGUUUGGGACCUUUGGGUUGUACACCAGGUUCCAGGGCUCUUAAAAAUGGCAACUGCAUACAACAACUCACAACCCUUGCAAAAAUACACAAUUCAGCUUUGGCUAAAAUGCUAAAGCAACUAGAACAACAAUUGCUUGGAUUUAAGUAUUCCUUAUUUGAUUUUUUCAAAGUUGCUAGUGAAAGAAUUAACAAUCCUUCAAAAUAUGGGUUUAAAACAUCAAAAUCGGCUUGUUGUGGGACGGGUCCAUUCAGAGGAACCUCUAGUUGUGGAGGGAAGAGACAAGUAAAAGAGUACAAGUUAUGCAAAAAUGUAAAGGAUUACCUAUUUUUCGACUCUGGUCAUCUCACAGAAAUGGCAUACAAACAAGUUGCUGAAUUACUAUGGAAUGGCACUGUGGAUGUCAUUCAGCCUUACAACUUGAAGUCAUUUUUCCAUCUACCAGCAUAGCUUAUAACUCAAUAAACAACAAUUCUGUUCAACAUUUAUGAUGCAAUCAUUGUCUCUGAAUUCAUGCAAAUAAUUUCCCAUC